AUGUCGCCAGACACCACACGCGUUGCCGGCAUGACAUCCAUGCCAAUGCCAACUGCCGCUUUUGAAGACGACCAGUACCCUUCGGGAACGGCCAUUAGCGAAGCGAUUGAUAACUUCUUUCGUCACGUACAUUAUAUUCCGGUCUUCUCAUUUCUUCACCAAGCAUCAAUCGUCGAGAGGCAUCGUGCCGGUGACCUGGAGGCGCCUCUUGCUCUCGCAAUCGUCGGCUUGACAGCCUUGAUGCUAGGUAUGAGCGACGACCUGGAACAGUUGUCUCCUCGGUAUAUCGAUGUGGCCGAAGACCUCAUCGUCAAGGAUCGUGAAAGCCCCAGUGUUUGGAAGGUUCAAGCCCUCAUCCUGAUCAUCAAGUAUCGAGCUGCUUCCCGCCAAUUCACGGCUGUGUUCAUGUUGAUAGCUAUAGCUGUCAGGUUCGCAACCGCCCUGAGGCUGAACUAUGAGGAUCAGAAGAUGCCAUUCCUUGCCCGAGAAGAGUGCCGAAGGGCGAUGUGGUCAGUGUACAUGAUCGACACAGUUCUGGCCGGUGGAUACCAGGAUUUCACUCUCUGCCCCGAAGAGAUCCUGCAUAUACAACUGCCUAGUCACGACCGGAACUACAAGCUGGACAUUCCUCAGACCACCCAAGACCUUCACAGGAUGACUGCCAGAGCGGCAGAGCCUGACCUGGGCUCGCUUGCUUUGGUCAUCCGUAUGAUGAGCCUCCGUCAAAAAGUCUUGCAGUUCACCAAGCGGGCAGCAGUGUCAUCACCACCGGGGCUCGAGAUCAGCAUCCAUUCCUUACAGAAGGAGCUCGAUGGAUACGUCUUACAACUGCCAGCCGCGUUUCACUUUACGGACAAGAACGCUCGGCUACAUGCAUGCGCCACGAGUUUACCGGCUUUUGUUACAGUACACAUGACCUUGUUAGGAACGCACUACAUUCUGUACCGACUGUUCAUCAAAGGGCUCAAAGAAGCACUUCCGGAUGCUGUUCUUGGUCAACUCGAUCCCGACUUUAUUCGAAGCUGUCAUCAACACUGUCUCCAGGGCGUCAGGCGAAUGAUAGAGAUUUUCCGAAUCCUCCCGACACUCACAAGCCAACCAACCAUCCUCGAUGCUGACAUGGCUGUGACUGUGUAUCAGAGCAGUGAAAUGCUGGACGGCGUAUGGGUGAGUCAGGGCUUUCUCAGCACAAUGUUCUUUGAAUGCGAGGCCGUCAGAUUCAUACGUCGGGACCUCGCUGAACUCAUCAACCGGGGUGGCUCACGCCCAAUCACUCCAGACCCUGAUAACCUGGGCAUGGGCACGGGGACGCAGGACCAGGUCCUGAUUUCUCCUGCAGACAAGGCGCCUCAUAUCUUAUCAAGGCACAGCUUCAUAGGACAGAUGCAUGCUGCAUCCAAGAAUCGCAUCCAGACUCGCCUAUCUACCAGAACCGCUCUCAGCUCCCGUACUGGGACUCAGACCAGGGGCGGGGCUUCCGGCGGUGCUCGGGAGCCUUUGCGCGCGCACGAUCAAAUAUCUUCCAUCCCUACACCAAUUCCUCAAAAUAGCACUGGGAUCACAACAAGUGGAUAUGGUGACGAGGACGCAAUGAACAGCAGUCUGUUCCCAAGCUUACCCGAUCUUGGGUUGCUUCAAUUCGAGGGAGACUCCUCGAUCUGGCUGCCCAACUCUCUAUUUGAUACUCACGACGGAUCACUAUUACAGUGA